GGGUGAGUGGGAGCGGGCGCUGCCCCUGGCCCUGGUUCUGGAAAGGGGCCUGUGGGGUUCUGUGGUCCCGGUGCUGUCCCUUCCCACAGGGUCCUCUGAUGCCAGAGUCUCUGUCUGCGCAGUAGGUCUGGAGAUUUCAAGCCACAGGGUGGAUCUGUAAGAGGAGAGGCUUGAGAAAAACGAGAAACAGGAAAAGGACCUGUAUUUCUGAAGGCUUACUUUAAGGCCGUCACUUCUGCAGGGAAGAAAAGGAGGAAGAGUCUGGCUCAUAUUUCUGGAGAUUUGCACACUGCUGCAGAAUCCCUUGCUCACUUCCUGCAGGAGAUUUUAGAAACAUUGGGGACAGUCUUCUAUAGAGUUUGACACCACUGGAAUCAAGGAAAGGAGGGAGAAAUUGUUCCACAUUGUGCAGAUUGAUCUCCAGUGGCAGCUCUGGCGCUGUUGGAAUUGCUGUUGACCACCACCCUCAACAGGUCUGCAUCCACCUGGGAACCAGCGGUCCUCCCCUAGCUUGGUUGUGCCUCUUCUGCUCUCUGCCUGUAAUAUUGGCUGAGACUGGGCUUGGGGAGGAGACUGAUUGGCUGCUGGACUGGUGAUUGACUCUUUUGUUUCCAACCCUAUCGCCUGAAUCAUCCAACAGUUAGAGUGUAAAGAUACAAAACUGUGACAGAUCUGUGGUGGAGGCUGAGAUUGGGUUAGGGGUACUUAACUGGGUCUACUCUAUAACUUGUACUAUGACUGGGGCUGAGAUUGAGCCUGGCACCCAGGCUAAGCCUGAAAAGAAGCCUGGAGAAGAGGUUGUGGGUGGGACCGAGAAAGAGAAUGAAGUCCCAAUGGUGGUCAGACCCAAAGUUAGGGCCCAAGGCCAGGUAAUGCCUAGAGCAAGGCACAAGACUGAGGCCAUGGCAGUAGUUGGGGCACAUUCUAAGACUGAGACCAAGGCAAUCCCUGGGACAAGGUCCAUGGAUGAAACCUAUUCAUGGGCCAAGACUGAGUUUGAUGGUAAGGCAAUACUGAAGACAGGGGGGAUGUCCCAGGCCAAUGCGAUUGCCUGGCCACUGGUCAAUACUGAGCCUGUGUCAGUUGCUAAAACGAAGACCUUGUCUAUGGAUAGAGAACUGGUCAAUAUGGAUGCUGAGUCCUUUCCUGGUACCAAAGUCAAGUCCCAAUCAGGAAUCCAGCCUUUGUUUGAGUCAGAGGAGGAGACCAAUAUGGUGUCCUGGUGCCAUCCCAGGCUUACAUCCAAAAAAGAGAACUCUCGCAAUUGUGAUUUCAGAUGGGUGGAUAGAUCUUCUCUGAGCUCCUGUUUCUGGAGUGGAGAAGAGGUCAAUACAAGGUUUCGUCCUAGGGACAGGGUAAAACCUAGUAGUAGGUUCAGGCACAUGGCCAAAGAAGAAGCCAUGUCUCGGCCCAAACACAGUCGGGAGCUCUAUAUUGCAUCCAGUUCUGGUUCUGAGGAUGAAUCUGUUAAGACACCUUGGCUCUGGGCCAGAGAAAAGACCAGUAUCCGGUCUAGGCCCAAGGAAGAGACCAAUACUAGAUCUUGGUUUAGGUCCAAGAAAGGAAUCUCAGAGUCCAGUUCUGGGUCUGAAUGUGAGGUCAAUGAGAAGUCCUGGUUCUGGGCUGGAGAGGAAGCCAAAUCCAGGUACAAACCCAGAGCAAGGAAAGGAGCCAAUGCCAGGGUCAGGCACAGGGCCAAGCGAGAAGCUUCCAUUGAUUUCAUGUCUGGGUCUAUGGAUGCAGUCAAAAAAGAGUCCUGGUUCUGGCCUGGAGAAAAGGCUAAUAACUUGUCAAGGCCCAAAUCCAAGAAAGAGGUUAGGGCCAGAGCAAUGGCAAAGGAAGAGGCCAAAAUCAAGGCCAGAGCCAGGGCCAAGCGAGAAGCCAGAUCAGAGGAAGAGUUCUUCACUGGGCCUUGGUUCUGGGCUGCAGAAGAGUCCAGUAUAGUGGGUGGAGCCAGUGUCAAGUCCUGUUCUCAAGUGGAUGAUGAGUCUAUUGUUGGCAGUUGGUUCUGGACUGAAGAAGAGGCCAAUACAGGGACUGAGGCCAGUAGUAAGUUCAGACCAAAAACUGAGGAGCCUAUUGGAAAUUAUAUACUUGGAAUUGUGGAAAAGACCAGUGAGGAAACUGGGGCUGAGGCCUUUUCCAAAUCUGUGCCAGCAGAUGAUAAAGAAAAGGUCACUACUAAUUCCUGCUCCUGUGCUAGUGAAGAAACUAACCCAGAGGCUGAAGAAGAGUCUGUUUUUGGCUCUUGGUUUUGGGUCAGUGAUGAGACUAGUGUGGAAGCUAGUGUUGGGGCCAGCUGUGGCUCUAGGCCAAGGUCUGAGGAAGAAGAGGUCAUUGGUCCCUGGUUCUGGGCUGGAGAAGAAAUCUAUACAGAGGCUGAGUUUGGAGAAGAAGCCAGGCCAGAUGCUGAAGAAGAGACAAUAUUUGGGCCCUGGUUUUGGGCUGGAAACCAGGCCCAGAUUGAUUCUGGAGCUGAAGUCGCCUGUGACACCAUGCCACGGGCUGAGGAGGAAGAGCCCAUUAUUGGGUCCUGGUUCUGGGCUGGAGUAGAAACUUGCGUAGGGGCUGAAGUCAGCAACAGGUCUACCCUGGAGAACAAGGAAAAUGAUAUUACAUCAUCUUGGUUUGGGACCACAGAAGAGGUCAGUAUGAAGUAUGUGGCUGGUGCCCCAUGUAAAUUUAUGACAGUUGCUGAAGAGAUCAAUAAUGAGUCUAGCUUCUGGUCAAGAGAAGAUCCUUGUAUGUUUCCUGCCAAUGGAGGCAGCUGGAAGUCUAGGCCAGAAGAGGAAAAGGAAACUGUUGGUUCAUGGUUCUGGCCCAGAAAACAUACAAGGCCAGAGACCAUUGUAGGGCCCUGGUUAUGGGCUGUGGAAGAGGACAGUUUAGAUGAUAAGACUAAAGAAGAAACCAAGUCACCGACCAAGGAGGAGAACAUGAUCACGUCCUGGUUCUGGAAAGGAGAUAAAGCCAUUAUAGAGGCUACAGACAGAGAAGAAUCCAGGCCAGACACUGAAGAGGAGGACAUUAUUGGUUCUUGGUUCUGGGCUACGGAGGAAGAUAGGCUUGGAACAGAAGCAGAGGCUGGAGAAGAUGACAGACUGGCAGCAGAGGAUGAGGUUAUUGUUGGAUCUUGGUUCUGGGCCAGGGAAGAGACCAUUAGGAAGGAGGCUAGCAUUUAUAGCAAAUACAGUCCAGAAGCUGAAGAGGAAGAAGUCAUCGUUGAGUCCUGGUUCUGGGCUGAAGAAGAGGCCAGUCUGGAUGCAGGGGUUAGUUUUGAGUCCAAGAAUGGGACUGAAGAAGAGGAAGUCAUUGUUGGGUCCUGGUUCUGGGCUGAAGAAGAUAGUGUAGAUGUUGGACCUCAGGAAACAGAAGAGACCACAUCAAGGUCUAGAGAGGAAACCAUAUUUGGAUCCUGGUUCUGGGCUGCAGAAGAAAUCAAUGUAGAAGCGGAAACAUGCUGUGCCUCUAAACCAGAGGAUGAUAAAGAGAUGAUUAUUGAGUCCUGGUUCUGGUCUGGAGACAAAGACAUUAAUGAGACUGAAACUGUGGCCACCUCUGAGUCCAGGCUGGAAAAUGAGGAAGGGGCAGUUGUUGAGUCCUGGUUUGGAGCUAAAAAUGAGCCCAGUAACAGGACUGGUAAUGGAACCAACUGUAAGUCUAGGACAGUAGCUGAGGAGGAUGAGGCCAUAGUGGGGUUCUGGUUCUGGGCUGGAGAUGAGGCCCAUUUUGAAUCAAAUCCUGUCCCUGUGUACAGGGCCAUUUGCAGAUCCACAUGUUCAAUUGAGCAGGAACCUGAUGCUUCACGCAGGCCCCAGAGCUGGGAGGAGGUUACUGUUAAGUUCAAGCCUGGCCCAUGGGGUAGGGUUGGCUUCCCAUCCCCAAGCCCCUUUAGAUUUCCAAGAGAAGCAGCAUUUCUUUUCUCUGAAAUGUUUGGAGGAAAGCCUAAGCAUAUGGAACUAAGCCUAGAAGGGGAAGAGCAGGAAUCUUUGCCUCAGCCUGAUCAGCCUGACCCUGAGUUUCCAUUUCAAUAUGAACCAUCUUACCGGUCAGUCAGAGAAAUUCGAGAGCAUCUUAAGGCUAGGGAGAGUGCAGAGCCUGAGAAUUGGUCUUGCAGCUGCAUACAGUGUGAGCUUAAAAUUGGUCCUGAAGAGUUUGAAGAACUCCUUCUAUUAAUGGACAGGAUUCGAGACCCUUUUAUUCAUGAAAUAUCUAAAAUUGCAAUGGGUAUGAGGAGUGCUUCUCAAUUUACCCGUGAUUUCAUUCGUGAUGCAGGUGUUGUUUCGCUUAUUGAAACCUUGCUCAAUUUGCCCUCCUCCCGAGUUAGGACGAGUUUUUUGGAAAACAUGGUUCGCAUGGCUCCAACUUACACAAAUCUAAACAUGAUUCAGACAUACAUAUGUCAAGUGUGUGAGGAAACUCUUGCUUACAGCUUAGAUUCCCCUGAGCAAUUAUCUGGAAUAAAGAUGGUUAGACACCUUACUACAACUACUGACUAUCACACAAUGGUUACCAAGUAUUUGUCUGGCUUUCUCUCCUUAUUAGCCACUGGCAAUACCAAAACAAGGUUUCAUGUUCUUAAAAUGCUACUGAAUUUGUCUGAAAAUCCUGUCAUGACAAAAGAACUACUCAGUGCUGAAGCAGUAUCAGAAUUUAUGGGCCUUUUUAACAGGGAGGAGACAAAUGACAAUAUUCAGGUUGUUCUGGCAAUAUUUGAGAAUAUUGGUAACCAUAUCAAAGAAGAGGCAUUGUUGUUCACUGAUGAUGAUUUCAGUCCUGAGCCACUUAUUUCUGCAUUCCAUGAAGUUGAGAAACUUGCUAAGAAGCUGCAAGGCAAAACAGAUGAUCAAAAUGACCCCGAGGCAGACCAAAAAAAUGAGUAUGAGUAACUACUUGCCUGUGAUUGUCCUUAUGCUCCUGAGUUAUGACCUUGAAUAAUGCUUUUUUCAGUUGUUUCUGUGUUGUAAUGUACAUCUUUGUUGCUGAUAAUAACUUUGCCCAACUCUUUGUGUGAGCUGGAUUGAUCUUCUGAUGCCAAAUGAAUAUUAGAACUCAAAGCACAUUUAUUGAUAUUUGUUUUUGUCCAGAUUGUGAAUUUAGUGUUUAAGCUUCUAGUGAACCGAGCCAUCAUAAGAAAGCUACCCUUCUGAUUGUUCUAAUAUUAUUGAUGUCUAUUUGAGUCAUGUGUUUCCAAUAAAGGUCUAUAUUAAAGUUA